AGAAGGGUGAGCAGGGGGCCGAGGGCGCUGCGGUGAGGCCAGGCUGCAGACGGAGCUGGGGCUGGAGCUCAGGAGCUGGUCUUCCCUGCUGGGGCCGCGACGCCUGCUGCUUUCCUGCCGGUUCUCUGGGUCAAGGCCUGGAAAGGCUUUCUUCUCGGGCUUUUCAUCAGCUUAUCGGCCCACUUAGCCAGGGCAAAGGUGCAUGACAACCCUGCGCAAGUCAAAACAACCGUCAGCGGCGGGAAACCUCGAUGAACAAACACCGGGAGAGUGCAGCGAGCAGGCCAGGCGCCGCUCCUGGAGGACAGCCACGAUGCUCACCUGGACCUGGGCCUGGGCCCCACACACCUCUCAUGGUGCCGCAGACCCCUGGGAGGCACCAGCACCCUGGAUCGAGAAGCCCGAUGUGAAAGAAUGUCUGGGAAGGAUGUCAUGCCGGAGGCUUGCGUGACAGUUUCCACUUACAGUGCGCUCACUCUGAACCUCCAUGCUCACGAUGGGCCUGCAUCUCUUCCCACUAUCUGCUAGGAAACACGAGGCUUCUGGGUGCCAAGCUCAGGCUAAGGGGAUUUCUGACAGGCUGGACGACUGGGCUUCAGCCCUGAAAUAAGAGUUUUGAGAGAAGAGGGCGGCGCUGGAACCCUCACCCGUCUUUUAAUGAAGGGAUUUGGCUAAGAAGAAAUGCCAAGUACUUCCGCAGGCCAUCCUGAGGUCAGGAUGUGGUCGGUGUGUCUGGCCCUGAGCAGUCAGACCUGAUGGUGGCUGGAGCUCCGGAAAGCUCGGGACCCCUCUAGCGUCCUAGGCCUUCUGUUUUCCUUCCUGCUCCAGGAGGCAGGACUGGCAGAUUCAAGGAAGCUUUCAAGACGGGUUAGAAAGAAGGGGUGUGCUCCGAUCUGCCAGCCUGAUGUCCUUCACGGGACCACAGUCCAGGAACUGAGGUUCCCUGCGAGGGGUGGAUGCUGUGUCUCUGAGCCUCCCUACCUUCUUGAAGGCAAGAGCGCCCAGAGGUGUUCGCUUUUGGUGUCAGCCUUUGAGCUGGAGCCUGGAGCUGUUUCUCUGAAUUCCUUCUGCUUGUUUCCUUAUGCUCUUGCCUGGGAAGAAUGAAAUGAAAAGAAAAUGCAAAGCCCAGAACCUGGCGGAGAUGGGGUGCCCCAGGCCGGAGUGGGCAGGACGGUGCUCUCAGCCCACUCUCAGCACAAACGCUGCCCCGUUCUUCACCUCUCCGUGCUUGCUGCCAGAGUGUGUCAAAGACCCCGAAGAAUGAAAUGACUUCGGAAGAGGAGGCCACACACCCGUGAAACAAGCCGGAUCUGCAGCGGAACAUUCUUUACGUGUUUUGGGACAUUUCAAAGACUGAUGGCGUGCUGCCUUUGUGAUGUGUGAUCUGAAGAUUCCAUCAAAGAAAGUGUGUCCUUUGUGUGAAAGUUGUGAUUCUUGGCAUCUUCGUGGUUUUGGGUCCUGAAAAAAUACCACGAGGGCCCUCCCUUGUGGCCUCUGCAACCAUAGGAAUGCGGGUUUUGGAAGUGGCAUUUCAGGCACGUCCAAGUAGGAAAUCAGAAGAGGCCCCAGGACUCCGAUGUGGGUGGAAGUAACAGCAGGGUGGUCGGGGGUGCCUCGUUGGGGACCCUCCAACACCCCACUGUGGUUUCUCUUAGGGGUCGCUUGGACGGACUGUUGGAGGGCUUUCGUCCCCAACUUUGUAUUGGCAGGUCAUUUUUCAAAGACAACCCGAAAUGCAGCCCUGUGGUUCUGCCUGUUGAGAACCCAGCAUUGAGACCCCAGGGGCAACAGUCUGAGAAGACUGUAAUUUGCAGAAGAAUCUCAGGGUGAUGCUGGCAGGGCAGGGGUCAGAGCUAGCUGGGGACUAGGGUGGGCUGGGCACACUGUCGUGGUGGCUGGUGGUCACAGCUCAUGGAAGUCUGCCAGGGCAGGUAGCUUUGGGCCUACAAGGGCAGGGUUCUAGAAGGGUGGUCUCCCAGCUUUUGUGAAAACCCUCCUUUAACAAUCAAAAGAGUUUGAGUGCACACUCCCGAUACAUGUAUACACAUUGAUUUUUUUUUUUUUUUGAGAUGGAGUUUCACUCUGUCACGCAGGUUGGAAUGCAGUGGCGCGAUCUCGGCUCACUGCAACCUCUGCCUCCUGGGUUCAAAUGAUUCUCCUGCCUCCCUCCUGAAUAGCUGGAGUUACAGGCACACACCACCUCGCCCAGCUAAUUGGUGUUAUUUUUGGUAAAGACGGGGGUUUCACCAUGUUGACCAGGCUGGUCUCAAACUCCUGACCUCAGGUGAUCCGCCCGCCUCAGCCUCCCAAAGUGCUGGGAUUAUAGGUGUGAGCCACCACACCCAGCCUGACACAUUGAUUUUUUAACACUUGUCAAAUGGACUGGCUAAUAGUAAAAUAUUACAUAGAUUAUAGAAUAUAGGCAUUUUAAAUACUUUUAAAAGAUGAGAUUUUGAAAGAAGGAUAAGUAUUAAUAUUUUCCUCCUGCGCCUCCCUGGGGCCUGUGGUCCUCUCUUUGUUUUUGACCCCUGGGCUAGAGUCAGAAGACAGGAAAGAGUUUAGCCUCACUGUAAGGACAGGCUUGUUUUUGUGAUUAUUGUUAAUUUUUGGCCAUAUACCUUUAACUUUUCAUCAUACAUUUUUUCCAAACAUCAAGAACUUGAGAGGGAGCAGUAUCAUGGUAGCCCCAUCUGACCUAUAACCCUUCUUCCCUCCCCCGGCCUGCUGUCCCUGGAUUCUUUUAAAGCAACCCCUGACCUUAUUUCAUCAGAAAAAUACCUCAGUGGGUAGCUGUACAGAAUAGGGACUCUUCCAAAAAAAUAACUGUACUACCGUUAUCACACCUAAAACAUGACCCAUGAAUUCUUUGUGAUAACUUUGUGAUAAUCUGCUAGCAGUGUUG